AGGCGUAGCCUCAUUGCAAGGCAAUAAUAAUUCAUCAUGUGAUAUAAAAACCGUUUCCCUGGGAAACGAUCAGCAAAAAACAACCACAAAUAUUGCUUUACCAGAGGAGAAUCUUGACGAUUCUGAUGAAAUUGAGCUUACUAAAAAUCAAAAUAUAAAAUUAGAUUUAAUACGAGAUUUACGGAAUAGUAUGCUUAUUGCUAUACCUGACCCUAUAGGCUAA